AUGAGGAAACACAUCACGGGACAGUCCUCCCAAGCAUUGGCAGGCCUUCUGUAUCUUGCCAGUGCAGCCAUCGCGGCCCACUCUGUGCAAAUCGACCUGACCCCGUACUUCAACAACAAGGCCUUCGGCACGUAUCCGAACGAGACGACGUUCGAGAACACCCUCAACCGCUCCUACCCACCCCUGAACCACCUCACCCAGGAUGGCAUCUACACGUCCAAGAGCACAGGCGUCCAGUACGACUUCCCCAGCUACACGGGGCCCCUGGAGCCGGACAACCUCAUCUGCUCGGGCCAGACCAUCCCGGUGGCGGUGCCAAGCAGCGGCAACGGCACCGCCGGGCCCGGCAACAGCAGCAGUAGCAGGGCCUUCUCGCUCAGCAUGCUGGUAGCCAACGACGCCCGCGACGCCAUCGCCUCGCACUCGCUGACGUACCUGUACGCGGACGGCACCGAGGCCGAGGCCGAGCUGCGCGCGCUGCCCUUCUUCAGCUGGCUGACGCUCAUGAACGGCGAGCUCAUCAGCCCGUUCACCUGGACCCCGAAGGGCAAGGACUGGAACACGAGCCAGGUCUUCGAGUUCACGGGCUACCUGGACCCGACCAGGAUGCUCGAGGCCGUGCGGCUGCCCGUCGCCGACAAUGCCACCGAGGGCAGGGUCCACGUCUUCUCCAUGUCCCUCGUCGUGGGCGGGGCGGCAGCCGCCGCAGGCGGUGGUGCGGCGGUCGAGGUCCAGAGCGUGCGGCCCACGCAGAAGUGGACCGAGGCGGGGAACCAGGUCGUCGAGAUCACUCUUAACAAUGCUGGGGGCGAGUGCGUCUCGGGCUCCGGGCUGACGGUGUCGCUGGGGGGUCUCGGGGUCAGCACCGCCGAGACGGGGUCCGUAAAGAGGCUCUGCCCCGGCGACCAGAAGCGCGUCAACGUCGGCGUCAGUGGGUCCGCCAACAGCACCACUGUGACCGUCACCCUGUCCGGGGCGGCCAGCUCCAACCAGACAGCCAGCUUCCCAGGGGUUAACAUCGGGUUUGAGAGCUUCACCGCAGACCUGGACAGUCUCGCGAGGCACGAGUCCCCGGAGUGGUUUGACAACGCCAAGUAUGGCAUAUUCAUCCACUGGGGCCCCUACGCGGUGCCGGGGUACGGGGGAGUUGCCCCGAACGAGACGUAUGCCGAGUGGUUCUGGUGGUACUCGAACAACCACUUCGUGCACGCGGACAAAUCAGACAGCUACGGGUACCGUCUCGAGACGUUUGGCCCGGACUGGAACUACGACGACGGGUUCCCAAACUUCACCGCGGCCGCGUGGGACCCCAGGGAGUGGGUCGACCUGUUCGCCGAGGCGGGCGCCACUUACUUCGUCCUGACGACAAAGCACCACGACGGCUUUGCGCUGUUCGAUGCAGGCGACACGUCGAACCGGUCGUCGAUCAACUACGGCCCCAGGCGGGACAUCGUCCAGGAGCUCUUCGACGCCGCAGCCACGUACCAGCCAACGCUGAAGCGUGGCACUUACUUCUCACUUCCGGAGUGGUACAAUUCUGACUUUGGCCCUUAUGGUUUCGUCCAACAUGACACCAUUAGCUCGACGAGCUGGGUGGGCAUCCCGGCGACCAACCCUUUUACAAAUCUAACUGAGCCAUAUACCGGCAAGCUGCCCAUCGGGGACUUUGUCGAGGACCUCAUGUAUCCUCAGAUGGAAACUCUCGCGUAUAAGUACGGCUCAGACAUAAUGUGGUGCGAUGCCGGAACGGCCAACAAGACAGCCGAGUUCGCCUCGGAGUGGUGGAACUGGGCGCGGGACCAGGACAGGCAGGUUGUCAUGAACAGUCGGUGCGGUGUAGCCCAGGCCGCAGACUUCGAGACCCCCGAGUACAGCACCUACUCGUCGGCCCAGAGGCAUAAGUGGGAGUCGAACCAGGGUAUGGACCCGUACAGCUAUGGGUACAACGCACAGACGCCCGCAGAAAGCUACAUGAAUGCUUCCACCAUCGUCUACUCGCUCGUGGACAUGGUCGCCAAGAACGGGAACCUCCUACUGGACAUUGGGCCGCGAGCAGAUGGGACGAUCGUCGAGGCAGAGGUGGCUAAUCUGCGUCAGGCUGGGAAAUGGAUACACGCCCACGCCGAAGCUGUGUUCAACACCACGUACUGGUUCGUACAGACGCAGAUUGCUAGCCCGCAGGAGGUCCGAUUUACACAGACGGAUGAGGCCUUCUAUGUCCUCUUCCUUGAACAGCCGGGUGUUGCGGACGACGGGCACGUCUGGAUAAACGCCACAGUUCCGGUGCUAGAGGGAGACACAAUCUCGAUGGUUGGUGUGAACGCCACGGGAGUGAAUGACCUAUCGUGGAAGACGUCGCCGGAGGGGUAUCUGGCCAUUGAUGUCUCGGCCGAGGCCCUAUCAUCGGAGGAGUUCGGUUGGGUAUUCAAGAUCGCGUAUGCGUGA